GGUUUCUUAAAUGGCUGAAGAUAGCAUAGAUCACCUGCUCAGGCAGAGCAGCUCAAUCCACCCUCCAGCUAUGGCUCUCCCGUUUGAGCUGGUCAUCGACAUCAUUGACCGUGCAUGCGCCCCUCCGUCGCUUCUCGACCCAUACCUGGGAUGCGGACCUAUGUCGCCGUGGGCACAGAAUCUCCGAUUCCAGAAAGGCCUCACGCUGGUGUGCAAAUCAUGGUCUGAAGCAGGAAAAGAGCUCUUGUAUCGCGACGUUGUUAUACGACGCAUUAGCCAACUUCCACUCCUCGCACAUGCGCUCUUCAAGGACUCGACCUCGACGCUGGCUCCGAUGGUGAAGAAGCUACGACUCCUGUGCUACGUCUCGUCCAGCCAGCAUCGUGUGCUGGAGAUCUCCCUCAAGUCAGUCUUCUUGAUGUGCACCAGGAUCAGACACCUCGUGUUUGACCCAGUGCUGGAUGCAUCCUGGAGCUCGUCGGCUCAGAUCGCACCCGAGUCCACGUUCAUGGCGCUGCAAAAUGUUCCUGAAGUCCGACGCGAACUAAUCACACACGUCGAGCUCGGUAUUCCCGUCUCGCUUUCACAUGCAAUCCCUGAGCUGGUUCAGUUUCCCAACCUCACCGUUCUCUCCUGCGAGCUGAGUCAUCUGGCUCCCGCCGCUGAUGGUGUGCCGUACACGUUUUUGCAGCUUGAUGAUCUACGCAUCACGCUUUCUUACUCGAACCCUUCCUAUGUAGACGCUGCCUUUGGCAACAACUACCAGUCACUGAUAUCCAGUCUCAGGCUUCCGGCACUGCGUAAAGUCUCAUUCAUCGCCUGGGCAGAUUAUAUGCUCCCCCACUACGUUUCCUUCUUGAAGAACUUCGGCAACCAACUGCUAUGUCUCGUGGUAUACGGGCACUUUCACCGUGUUUCGCAAUUUGAGGAGCUCAUACAACACUGCCCGAACGUUGAGCACCUUGUUGUGCCCCACGUGAAGGACCUGACAACGCUGGAGCAUCCAAAGGUCGUGUGGCUUGACGCAUUGGGUGGGCCACCAUCAUUGUGCAAAAACCAUGAUUUGAUGGACGCCUACAAGAACCUGCCCUGCCUACGGGGUGUACGCCAUCUUUGUACCUCCCUCUUCCAGGUCGCAGUUCUGCCUUCUAUCUUCCCUCCUCACCUCGCCACUCGCCUACCAGGUUCUAACUCGCAAGCAUCAUUGCUCACAUACCCUGGUUUCGCCAUAUGCAUAAGGAAGGGUUUGGUCUACCGGCUAGACCUGGAAUGUUUGGACAUGCAUUGCGGCUUAGACGAUGGUGGUUUUAGGCAUAUGUGGAAUUUUCCAGAAGACGAGCUAGUAAAGGCUCGCGGUUCUAAGGUGGAAGAAGGUGGAGCAGGGGAAAGAGGAGACGGAGAGGGGGCAGAAGAACAGGGAUCAAAAGGAGAGAAAGGAGAGGAAGGAGAGGAAGGAGAGAGUGGAGAUGAUGCGGCCUCAAGCUCAAGUGAGGCAACAUCUUCUGAAUAUGAGGAUUGCGAAGUGGAUGGAAUAGAUGAAGACAUGACGGCGCUGGAAGACAUGUUAGACAGUCUUCAAAUACUGUCUAAAUUUUAAGCAGCAUAUACCCG